UUCACAGGAAGCAGCCAUCAGAUAGAGUUGUCCGCGAACCUUGGGAGCUAAAAAGUUCCUUGCAUAGAACAUAACAAUUGCAUCUGUGUCUUAAGUGAAUAGUGGACUAUUUUAUUGAAGUGAAUCAUGGAGGAGACACGGCAAUAUGAUGAUGAUCCAAAUACGCUGUCGAUGGUGAAUGAAGAACCCACAGAUCUUGGGUCUCCACCAUGGGAGGAAGAAAAGAAAGAUUUUUAUUGGAUGGGUGGCGUUUUCCAGUGCUUUUCGACCGUUGCGUCGCUGUUCCGGGGCGAAGAUUACAAAGGAGCCCAAGAAAACUGGGAAGUCCCCAUCGAGAAGAUCACAGACCUGUUCUAUUUGGGGUCCGGAGCACAAGGAGUAGUAUUCGGAGCACAUCUAGAUGGAGAAAAAGUGGCCGUCAAGCAGCUGCGCACAAAGCAUGAGACAAACAUCCGCCAUCUACUCAAACUCAACCAUGAGAAUAUUGUGCGUUUCCGCGGCGUGUGCACAAGUCCCCCACACUUCUGCAUCAUCAUGGAGUAUUGCCAAUAUGGGCCACUGUUCGACUUCCUGCACAGCAACACAGUAUUCAUGCCAAAGCAGUUGCUCAAAUGGGCUAAAGAGAUCGCCCGCGGCAUGGGCUACUUGCACGCAAAUAAGAUCAUACACAGGGAUCUAAAGAGCCCCAACAUACUGAUCUCCGACAAUUUGGUGGUGAAAGUGAGCGACUUCGGCACGAGCCGCGAAUGGAAUGACGUCAGCGCUGUGAUGAGCUUCACUGGCACAGUUGCCUGGAUGGCGCCAGAAAUAAUACGCCACGAGCCAUGCUCAGAGAGGGUAGAUGUCUGGUCGUUCGGCGUGGUUAUAUGGGAGUUGCUCACCGCCGAGGUGCCAUACAAGAACUUGGAGACGCACGCUAUAAUGUGGGGAGUUGGCACAAACUCGAUCUCGCUGCCGAUUCCAUCCACCUGCCCGGCGAGCCUGCAGCAGCUGCUGAAGCAAUGCUGGAACCGCGUGCCACGCAAUCGGCCACCAUUCAAGAUCAUCGCCGCUCACUUGGAGAUGGCUGGCGGCGAACUGCGCUCCAUGGACACGGAGACAUUCAAGAACAUCCAGAAUGGAUGGCGCUCGGAGGUGCAUGAGUGCAUGGAGCACCUCUAUGCUAGGAGUGCCAAGUCCUUCAGCCAGGAGAGCACAGAUGUUGUUGCUCAGCGCCGUGAGGAUCUCAAACAGGCCCGCGACCUCCGCUAUGUGUAUGAGCAGCAAGUGACACGCGCUAACGAGCUGUUCCUCGAGGUCUGCGCUGUGCGCCUGCAGCUCGAACAGCGCGAGAAGACAAUUGCUGAGAAAGAGAACGCGCUGAACGAUUGCCGUUGCGGCCACCGCGGUAUCAAGCUGUUCCAGCGCCAGGCGUCCUCCUCGUCGGACACCGCCAAGGUACACGUAGUCGAGCAGCGCCGCCGCAAGAAGAAGCCCGAGGCGAUCCUGCCCACCCAGCUCGUCGUGCAGUACGACGACAAGCGCGCUGAGACCGUGACCAUGACCAUGGACGACCACUCACACUGCCCCUGCAACGAGCAGAGCCGCCACUUCGAGAACAACAACGCCAAGGACACGGUCAUCGAGAUGGAGGACAACGGCAACUUCGUCGUCCGCGACACCGCCUCCAACGACUACCUGAACGACAACUACAUCCCAGACGUGGCACAGGUGUAAAGUGGACUGGUCGUAUUUCUUCUGUUUUUCGGUUCUGUUUUCAGUUUUAUUUUUUAUUUGAUUUUCGUUUAUGACCAGAAGAUUUACGCAUCGACAUAGAAAAACUUUUCUGUUUUGCGAAUUUUCGCGAAUCUGUUACGUUUUUGUUAAGGCUAGAUUGGAAAGAGCUGUGGCUCGAAAGAGCAACGAGGACGGAAUAUUAGAAUUGUAU